AUGGAGUCGCAAAGCCCCGUGGAGGCUCCCGCGUCUCGGUGGGGCCUGGGCCGCUGCAGGCACUUCUUCUGGCUGGGCGUCGUCUUCGACAUAGUGGGCUCCGUGGUGCUGUUCACCGGCGUCUUCUCCAACCUGCUCUUCUACGACCUCCUGCUCUACCUGGGGGCCAUCAUCAUCUUCCUGAGCCUACUCUGGUGGAUAUUCUGGUACACGGGCAACGUCGAAAUGCCCAGCGAAGAGAAACUGCUCCUCCGGCCGCCCUUCCAACAGCACUCCAUCGUCACAGCCUUCCGCCAGAGGGUCAGCCACCGCUUCUCCGCCACCAUCGACAACGUGUCCACCACGAUCCAGCGCAUCGCGGAACACCCGUGCAGGAGGACCAUCCAGAGAGCUGCUUUCCCGGCCCCGAUGGCCACCGGCCAGCCAGAAAAAGGGACCCAGGGUGAGGUCCCCGGGAAUGGCGACGCCCAGGCCGGUGGCGGGGAGCAGCUCAGCCAUGAAGGGACCCCAGAUACAAAGGUGUGGCCUGUGCACGCCUGCCCCGUGGGACUACCUUCUGAGCACCUUGACCCCUCUGAUUUAGGGUCUGGACGCCCCAGACUCAAUAUCCCCACAGCCUUGCCGUAG